GUAGGGACGCCACAGUGUAUUACGCGAUAAGUAUGAAACUCACGAACCACGGCAAAAACCGAAAUCGAUUUUGCGUGACAAUACAACAAUAAUAUUAUUAUCUUCGCGCCUAGCGUAUGUGAUAACGUCGCAACAACGGCGAUAAUACCGUGGAUAACAAUAUUGUUAUCUCGAGUCCGCGCAGAGCGGGGAGCCGGACGUCGCGUCGUCUGAGAAAGUUUCCGCGACAGCUGAUCGGCGAGAGAAAACAAAAAAAAAUUGUCGCCCGCAUCACGGACAGUGUGAUAUUUGCGGUCACCGGACAGUCGUGCACUGAACCUGGAAUAAAGAACCGACGUGUUGUGAUAAUCCGUCGAUGACAUGGACGUGCGCCCCGAUAACGGUCCUUUGUUAGUGCGAAUUGCCGCCGUCAUCUCGUGAACCGACUGCUGUCAGGCGUCCGCGAUCCCGUUCACCGGAUCCAUCCGCUCCGCAUUUUAGACCUGUGGCCGAGUGGAUAAUAUAAGGAGAAAGCGAUAUCCGAAGCACUCGUACAGCCCGUCAAAAGUACCCGAUUCCCGCGUUCAAAAAAUGGAUUCUUUUAUGAUGAAGAACAACAACAAGUAAGUCGUUUUGGACGUCCACGUCUCGGUAGCUAGGUGCUCACAGCCGCCUCUGUCUUAUCGAAAAAUCCGAGAAAACCUCGUCGGUUCCGUUGCGUUCACGGACAGCGUUCGAUAGAUUAUGCCCUUGGGUAUUACAAUGUAUACAUGCACACCUUGACGACAUUACCUACGAUUAUUAUUUCAUAACCGCGUUGUAUGAAUACCUGUUGAUAAAACAAUAAUAAUAUUGCGUUUUUUAUUGAAUAAGUAAGUAUAUUUUAACAGCGGUACGUACACUAUGUUUUCAAAUUGUCGUUUGCUCACAUCGUUGGUUUUCAAAUUGAAUUUUAAUAAGUACAAUACCUACCUACCUACAUAUUACUCGUAAGCAAAACUAUAAAACAUAUCAAGUACACACAAUUCAUACAAAUCUAGCAAUUACCUGUUAAAGUACAUAAAAACUUUUUUGAACAAAAAUCAAAGUUUUCAACACCUUUUUUCUGUAAACAAUUUUUUCUGUGUUCUGCAGUUGUCGAAAACAAUUUUUAUCAAAUUAUUACACAGAUUUCUUUAAUAAAUAUUAACAUACCAGAGAAUAAUCUAAGGAACUCAAUUUAUGUUGCUACCUAUCUAAUAUAGUAAUAGGAAAGUGUAGGAAAGGUUAAAUAUUAAAAUUUAUGUUUAGAUUUGUCAUUUCACAAACAUAUUAUUACAAUAAUUUAUUUUGUAAUGGGUAUAGGUAACAAAAAUAUGAAAUAAUUUAUUAUUAAAAGUAUCCAGUUGUAUGUGUAUUGCAUAAAGUACAUUUUCUACAUAGUACCUUGGUAUAAGGUAGGUAUUUACUUCCUUCAAUUGUUAUUUCAGCAUAACACGUCAUAUUAAUCCAUUAUCUAGGUACUUGUUAAUUUAUUCUUUUUAAAAAAAUGUCCAUCAUAUAAUACCUGUAUAAAUGAUAAAUUGAAUUUUCAAUUUUGUAUAAUGUUUUAAAAUUGUUUUUUACCUAAGUAAUUUAUCAUUCAAUGACUUUUCUAAUGAUUUUUUAAUGUACUUUAUAAACAAACAGGUUAAUUAGAACCUAAGAAAUAAUGUUACACAAUUCUACAGAAAAUGUACAUGGCGAAUCAACACAUCUAUUGGCAAUCCUAUUUCAUAAUUCAUUAACUUCUUAAAUUAUCUAUAAACUUAAAAAAAGUAAAUUUCACUGAUAUCAAACUAUAUUAAAACUACCAUUAAAAAUAUUCAAGUCAAUUUAUUGGCUUUUCAACCAUAAGUAAAAAUCAAUAAAAUAGAUAUCUAGAUAAAAUUAAAUAUCUCAUAUUUAACCGUUAUUGAAAACUUAAUAGUUCAAAUAGAUUUUAGAUUUAUAUUAAAGAAAAAGCAAAUAAAUAUUGUGUAGUUAUAGUUAGGUAUAUUUGUUAAAAUUGAUAAGUAGGUAUUGAUUUUUUCCUUAUUAUUAUUUUAUGAAAUGUGUUUGCAUAAAACGUGUGGUGUCGAGGAUAAACGGUAGAAUCAACCUUCAGUUUCACUUUCACUUUUCUUUAAACCAACAUAAUAUGUUGAAACUGUAAACCAGUUUUUUAUAUUCAGAAAUUACAAUAUAUAGCUAGAUAUCAUUAUGGGAGAAAUUUGUUACAAGUUAACUUUGUAUAAGAUACCUGCAUCAUCAACUUAUUAGGUCUAUUCAAACAAAACAACUAGCCAAUUUAAUAUAUUUUCAUAAUUAACUACAUUUAUACUUUUUAACCUCAUAAAAUAAUAUUCUAUCUAAUUUUUAUCAUAUUUACCUAAUGUUUUAGAUUCUGAGUGGAGUAAGGAAUGUAUUUGUUUCACCUUUGGUUUCCUAUGAUAUGUGCUUAUUAUUAUUUCUCUGUCUGGUUGUAAACAUUUUUACCAAAAAAAGUUAAUUUAAUCAAACAAGAAUCUUGCAUCAAAUUCAAUUGUCUUAAAACAACACGGUUGUUGUUUGUUGUGUGGUAUAUCCGGUUGGUGUUUAAUAAAAUUGUUUUUGAUUUUCCUCAUACUUUUCCCAAUAAUAGCAAAAAACAGAGAAAAUGUUUCAUUAUUUUCGAUUUGGUUAAUAAUAAUUGUUGAUAUUUGAAUUUUUUUAGAAAAUAUAUGUAUAUGGCUUUUAUUAUUGAAGAUUUCUUAGCCAUUUAUGGACAUUUGAGAUUUUGAAGGUUUUUAGUUUUAUUUAGCUUAGAUCCAUAUGGUUUGGCUUAGCAUAUAUGUUUGAAAAUUCAAUACAAAUGCAUUAUGGGUUUAAUUUAGUGACAAAAAAAAAUAGAAAAAAGUAGUAGCUAAUGUUUCUUUUUAUGUAAGUGUUUUGAAGAUCAAACUUUGAUAGAAAUCAUAAAAAUUACACGCCGCUCAAAAACGUUUUUCAUUUGUAAUCGUUGUGUACAUAUAUUAAUUUAAUAAUUGUAUGUAUCCUGUCUUCUCAACUUCCAAUGUAUAAAGGUGGCACAUCAGUAGUGUUAGUUUUUUUCUAUUAAUUUGUAUAGAUACUUUUUGUUGAAUGCACCGAAAUCUAAAGAAGAUUUUAAAUGUUUUAUCUGUUAUUACAUUAGAAUGAAGAAAAAAAAAAUGAAAUAGGAUCAGGUCAAGGUAGUUUGUGUUAUUAGUUUUUUACUUUCACCCUGGAUGCGUUAUGUAAUAAUUUUUUUCGCAAAAGGAAAUAAUUGAUGUAACUAUAAUCAUAUUUUAUUCUCGAUUCGCUUAGUUCAUUAACCAUGCCCGAAAGUUAACGACCUGUCUUAUUAUUUGUAUCAUUUAUCUUCUCGUCAAUCCUAUUUUUUCAUAUAAAAACGAUGAUAAGUACCUACCUACCUUAGAAUGAUUAUUUUCACGGUUUUAACUAAGUUUCGUUUUACUAUCUAAAAUCAACCUUAACAUACGAAUGCCUUUUCGAACCUUUUUUUAUUUGUUUUCACCGACAGCGGUGGGGGAUCCGUUUUUACAAUACUACGCUCACUGCUGCCCAUCGUUUAUUAUUUUAUCUACAAACGAUGAUCACAUUCGCAUUGGAUUAUUUGACAAAUAAAAUAUUACAAUCUUAAAGCUGUGUGAGCUGGUCAUGGCAGUAUUCCUUUAUGGCUGCGAUUGCCGGCCUGGUUGCUCGUUGCGCCCGUGAUAUCCAAGGGGAUUUGUCGUACCUAAACUAAUUGUUUUGUCUCAAAACGAAAACGAAUAUAUUAUCACUUAGAAUAAUAUUCUGAACAAUUAUGUUUUAUAGACGAUGUUUCUAGUAAAAACAGCGCGCAGGUACAUAAAAAAAAAAAACGAAAACAAAGCUGUUAAUACAGGUAUACUUAGGUGUUAAUAUACGCACUACUCAAUCGAGAAUUUUCGCAACCGUUUAUCAAUUUCGGUAUUCCAAUUCAGUUUUGAUUUAAUAAUUAAAUCAUUUCGAGUGUUAACUAUACAAUUAUACAACCGCCGUGUGAUAAUUGUAUUCGAAACAGUUCAAGGCGAGAAUAAUAAAUAACGUAGGAAUAUUGUGCUUAUUAAAUACGUACCUCGAAUCGCGAUAGUUCGUUGGCAUAAAACGUUUUUCUAUUAGAGCAAUAUUUCUGAUAGGAAUUAUGGUAAGGCCGUACAAAUUUAAAAUAACGAAACCGUAACGUCGUCGUAAAUUUGUCAAUUUUCAUUUUACAAUUUUUCUCGGUUUUUCCUAAUGAUUAAUAAAACCACAGAGAUUAUUAAAAAAAACCAAAUUGCUCACUCCUGAACUAGAUUACAAAUGCAACAAUAAAGGUCUCGUGUAGUUUUGUUACCGGAGCAAUAUUCAUUGUAGAAAACAUUUAAAAUAACCAAAUCGUCGUGCUGUAAUUUGAAAAAAAAAAAAAAAUCGUAUUUUCGAAAACUACUUUGGAUAUCCAAAAACUACUCUCUCUGUCAGUGACUACGUAUGAAAAGGAACCGUUUAUCAUUUUUCGAUUGGAUCAAUAUUUACAGUAGAAAACAUCGUAAACGAAUAGCAAAAACAAUGAAUACGGUAACGCCACGGCGCGGCGGCGUGCCGUAAAUAUUUGCGUUUUACCUGUAAUUUUCUUUCGGGUUUUCUUCAGUUUUUUUGUUUACGCACGUUCGGAAUUUGAAAAAUAUAUCUAAAUUCUUUGCAUCACGUCUCCACUUCCUGUACACGGAUCUAUACGAUUAUUCAAAAUUGCAUUGCUAAUAACGAAAUAACAAGAAUCGUGUAAGUGUCCAUCUACUCGUAUGUAGGUACCUAGUCUAUAAAUAUUGUAAAAAGUUGGUUCGGUAAAAAAUGUUUACGUCGGCAAAUAAAUUUAAGGUGCAUUUGUUUCGGAGUCGGAUAAGCUAUACAGUUUGAUUUGGUUUUAACCGAUUCGGAUCUCGUACUGCGGGAUAUUUUAGGUUUUUUUUGUUCUGUUAAAUAAAAUGUGUAGAAUUUUGUUCACGGCUCGUAACGUCGGUUACGGAUAGAAAUUUUAGUUAAAGCAUUCGGAAGAACCGUAAUCACUAUACGAAUAGAAAGUCGACGUAUGUCGGCAUCAUCGUUAUUACGGCGGUGAAUGUGAUUUGUCCGCGCUUGUUGUGCCGAGUAAUGACACAAGAACGUUAUGAAAUGCAAUUUAUAUAAUAAACUGUAAUUUAAGAUAAUGCGAUCUACCGCGGUUUCCAGGAUUGUCACCGCGAGAAAAACGCGAAACAAAAAACAUCGUGAAUGCUUUUUAGUGACUCGCGUCGUCGUCCAGCCACGCGGAAAUGAUAAAAUUUCGUUUUGUAUUUUGUUUUUCCGAUCGUUUCCGGAGCGUACCUACAGUGUUCCCAAACCUUCUUGACAGUGAACGGCCGCUUAAAAAAAACACACACAAAUACCCAUGUUUUAGAAAAUGCAAUUAGGUAGUAAGACCAUAGGUAAUAAUAAUAUAAGAAUAGAUAGGACAUCAGUAUUCCUUGUGCGUUCCCGAAUGAUCAGCUGUACGGAGUGCGGAUAGUAUAUAACUAUCAUAUUUUUUCGUUUUUACAUUUUGAGCGUAGCGAAAAAUGCAUUGCUUUUUACAAAGAUGUUUUUUUUAUGUGUUUUUAUACUGUAUACAGAAAUUCUACCAAAAAUCUUGUUCUGAAGUAUCGAGUAGAGCACCUUUUCUGAAAGGAAAUCUGAUUGGGGAGGUAGGCUUUAGGAAGGUUAUUUUUUGAUUUUCACAGGAGUUAUUUUCAAUAGAUCGGAAAAUCCGAAAAAAUGUACCAAGUGUAGGUAAAUUAGUAAAAAAACUAUUACGACCUUUUUUUGUCCUUUGAACAACUUUUCUACCAGUGAUUUCGCUCUAGAUUAGAAUGAUAGCACUUUUUUUGAAACGAAAUAUUACUGGAAGGGGGGGGGGGAAUACUUUAGGAAGUUCUUUUUUUGAAUUUCCCAAGAGUUUUCCCAAUAAAUGGGAAAAUAGAGGCAAUAUUAAACAAAUAUUUAUAAAGAAAAUAUGUAAUACAUAAUAUGCGUAUGCAAUUGUAUUACCAUAAUGCGACAUAAUAUAUACCUAUUGUUGAUAAAGCAACCUAUUAACCGAACACCGCUUAGAAUCGUGUUUCGUUAGCAAUGGUUUAAUCGUUGCGUACAGAUAUACAUUACAUUUCCCCUCCACCUUACCAAUUUUUUUUCCAUAUGUAGAUGUAUUAAACGACUAGACGGUCGAAGUAAAAACAUCUUUGGUGCCGUGAACCUCCAAUGACCUAAACCACUGCUAUAGAGUUUAGGUGGCCUAUUAAUUAUGUUUAAAUUAAUAAAUAAUAAUACAAAUACUUGAUGCACAAGAUGUAAGCAUGGGGUAUUGCGUUUAGAUUAAUGUCUGAUUUCGAUAAAGUACAUACUUUAAAGUUAAAAGAAAUGAAAAAAUAAUUUUUGUGACACUAUGUUCGAUGAUUCGACCAGAUUUCCGACCGAAUUAUGACGCGGUUGUCAAAAACACCGAACACCUUAUAAAAUAUAAAUUUUAUAGUUUGAAAUCUGUGAAUGUCGCGCCGUUGAGUCAUUUAAUAAUACAACACUAAUAACGUGCAUGUAUUUUGUUUUGCAUAACCACGCGUUUGUUGAGGCUUAAAUCUUUGUAAUAUUAUUCAAUUGUUAUGUGGAUUAAAAUUAUUUUUUAUCUCCACGUUUAGUUUAAAAUAUAUAUUGUUCAAAGGUUACAACAAUAAUAAUUACACUAUUGUUUAAUUUUGUUAUAGCGUACCAUAUCGAAUCCGUUUUUUUUUUUUUUUGUGUUCAAUAAUCAUCGUUUUAUACCUACUUUGGACCGAAUUUAUUAGCUUUUUAAUAUUCUUAGACGACUGACAUUAUAACGAUUAAUCAUUAUUGCUCUUUAUUUUCAAACCAUUUGCAGGAAAAUUAGUGUCAGGUAUGUACAAUAUUAUAAUGAAUAUUUAUUGGGUCGGUGCAAAUAUUCAACCGACAGUAAAUGUAUUACAAUCCCAUGGGCUGCGCACACAAUAAAACAGCAACACAUUUUUCAAGGAGAGCGUUGUUGCUAUAUGAAUGCUUCGACUAUUGUAUCACAUCCAACGAUUACCAAUGAGAAUAUCAAGUAGCGGUGCUUAAUUUCCCUUCAUACAAUAAAAAAUAGCACCAAUUUCGUCUACCUUGGGAAUCUGUCUACCAUAUUUUGGGGGAGGGGGGAUGAACACUUUUUGCUGUUGCAGUGUAGUUCACUGAAUGACUUGAUUUUUCCAUGACAAUCUCGUCGAGUUUUUGGUUGGAUUCUGUGUGCGCAGCUCUUUUUUUUAUUCGUCGUGCGCGCGCUGUUAGCCCUCUGAUUGUUCGUAUAGACGAGACAUUCAUCAGAAGAAAAUGUCCCGGAUCCGAAUACAAUGUUGCCUAUAUAGCUACUUAUAGAGAGCAUAGAUAAUGAAGAGAGCUAACUCUCGUGAACGUUUUAUAUUGGUUGGCUAUUAUCAUAGAUUACAGACCUUCGUCCAAACGAAUGUAUUGGUUUUUUUAUUAAUGAUUUAAUUUGCGUAAUAUUUCGUGUCAAAGAUUCAUUAUAUUUUUAUUGAAAUGUUUAAUACGGAAGUUUUUUGAUUUAUAAACAUCUAAAAUUAGGGGUCGACUUUUGAAAUUCAAAUGGUUAUAUACUUUAUUUUAAUGUGAAGAUAUUUAUUUUUAUACAUUUAGUGAAUAACUUUAACUUAUUCAAAACUCUAUUAAUGAGAUUGACUUAAAGUUAAUAUAAUAAUACAGCUAAAUAUAAUUGGUUCGCAGGAAAAAAAAAUGUACAAACUGUUUUAGAUGUUAAUAAAUAAAAAAAACUUUCGUAUUGCACAUUUUUCUUCAGUAAUAAAAAAAAUAACUUAUUGAACGUGACACAAUUAUUAUUAUUUUACUACUGUUGUUACUAUUAUUAUUAUAAUUAUUCUUAGUUACAUUCAAAAUAAAUAAAAUACACUCAAUACCUACCAAUUUAAUCAUAAUAGACAAUAGACAUAAAAUACUUUGAUUGAGAUUUGAGAAAAUGGUAACAGAAAAUUUGAUAACACAGAUAAACCGAACUAAACGAAUUCUCCAAGAAGUAAAAGAGCUGUACAUAUAGGCGAUUUUAUAAACGGAUUAGAAAAAUGUUGCCUCCUAUAAACGUCUCGUCUCAUGAUUCUUACUCCGUGGUAAAGCGUCGUAAUCGGACGAUGUUCGGUCCGACGGUGGGGUACCUCCCUAUACGUGUGUCUCUUAUCAAUAUCGUUACGUAUAGCACUACCGCACUUCACCCUACUACCGUCGUUCGACUAAUUUCACCUCUUCACCCCCAUUACCUCUCCGAGAUGUCGGGGGGAUAGUGGUGAUGUGAGGAAUUGAAGGUGAUUGGAGGAAAAGGUGGCGGCGGCGGUAAACGUGCGUCAGAGAUAAGAUGCGACGUGUAGGUGAAAUCUCGUUUAGUUUUUUUUUUUUUUCGAUAACACGAAAUCGAUAAAUAAAAACGAUAACGAUAAUAUAUUUUAUAAUUCGGAAACUACUAAAAAAACGUAUAAUGUAGUAUGCUAGUAAAUUGUAUUGUGCAUGUUUAUGUCUAGAUAGGCUAAUUACACUUUGUAAAUACCGGUGCAGGUAGUAUUUAACUUGAAUUCUGCUUAAAUUCCUGCAGAUAAACUUAAAUUUCGAAUCAUGGAUGUUUGUUUUUAUUUUUUGUCUCGUUUUCUGACCAAGGUUAGGUUACACUGUGUGUGUUUUAAUAUACAAUAUUACUAUUUGUCUGUCGCGUCGUAAGAAUUAUAAUAUUAUGUUUUGUCAUCCAAAUUAUACGACGGUGCGGUACUGUACAGAUUACCAAAUACGCUUAAUUGUUUAAAAAUAUGACUGCAAAAUAUUUAUCCCAUACAAGUCCAUUCGAAUUGAAUUUUAACGUAUGCCAACCUAUGAUAUUUAAUUAUUGUCUCGGUCGGUCAGAAAACUCUUUAGUGAAUAUUCACUGCGUUCGCUCAUUCCGUUGUUAAAAAAACUCCAAGUGUUCCUUUUCAAAAGUUCCGCGAUCAACCAUGCCCCUUAAUUUUUGGAUUUUUCCCAGUUACCCUUCUCCUCACCCGCGAUAGUAUUAAUCUACUGAUUCGAUCAUUUACCAUUUAUUUUCUUUUGGACGCACAGUAAGUAAAUUAAAUUCUUAUUCUACUGGGUGUUUUAUGGACUUUGUGUCAAAAGGACACACAGAAAGCCUUCUUAAAAAUGCCUUGCGGUCAGUUUGUUUGGUUUUAUAUUAUUAAAUGGUGUUUUAUACAUAAACCAAAUGUUUAGUUUGUUUUUCGUAAUUUACAUUAACAGUUUAUUGAUAAAAGUUGAGCGAUUAGACAUGAGACGAGAAAUCGAUUUUACACUCGUGCAGCUCCCCCCAACCCACAGAUAAAUAUGUUGAAAAGCUGCCUCUGUUCAAACGCGUAGAUAUAUGAACACGGUAAACAGUUUUUUUUUCUCAAAUUGGACUGUCUUUGUCAAGUUUAUUGAAUAUAGAAGCGUAAAUUUAUUCGUCUCGAUUUCCGGUGGCGCAGUGAAUCGUUUAAUUUUCCAACCCACUACCGAUGCUCCGACUUUCUCGGUUAUUCCCCGCCCAAUAUAAUAAAAUAAAUAAAUAAUUAAUUUUCACCUAUUUUUUUCACAAAAAUCAAAAAUUAAUAUUGUAUUAUUUAAACACCGAAUGGAAAAAUACUUAAGAAGUUAUUAAAAAUAUAGCACGUAUAUUUUAAUAUCUGUUGUAAGCAUAUAGCAACGGACAAAUAAUGCUAAUGGACCUAAUUCACGUGGUUCGACUUGACGUACCUUUGUAUGUAUCACACUGCAGUAACACAUCCGGGUCUUACUAUGAAAUUACAUUUUUUACCUAUUGGACGAAAUGUCUACGCAUAAAAAUAGAAAUAAUGAUGGGUUAUAGUGAAAAUUAUCAACAUUUCCCGGCGGCGGUAUCCUGCAAGAAAAUCCCCGGGUACGCCCCAUCACGCUGUACGCGGACUGCGGAUGUAAAAUAACGAUGUUAUCUCGCGACUGUUUAUCAAAGUCAAUCGUACAAAUAAUUAACCGUAAUUUAAACAACAUAUUAUUUAAUUUCCUUAAUGUUCUACGGUUUAAAUUGAAUGUAAAACGCGCGCUGUAAUACAGAUUUGGGUAAUACAUUGUAUUUGUUUAAGCAACAAAAUGCGCGGUUUCGUUCGAUCGAUGGGCACACAAUUUUAUCGCGCUAAAGUCUACGCCGGCAACACGAGUGUAACGAAAUCCGCAAUAACAUCGCAUUACGAUAUAUCAUGAUAAUUCAUCUAGGCAAUUAUUAUUAUUGUGCCAUUAUAUUACAAAAUUAAUAGCCGGUACGCAUGCGAAUUUUUCGCACGAUAAAACAAUAAUAUUGAUUGAUUGUGUGCAUCGUUAAAGUUUUUUUUUUCGAAAACCGACCCCACACACUAUCAUAAUCGUUGUAACAAGUUUCGUUGCGUCCGAAUAUUUUCCAUUACGGUUUGUUUAUAGUAGUAUAAUAUAUUAUUAAUAUUACAAAACACUCGCUGCGUUAUACGCGUUGCGAAAACUAACCUAUUAAAUGAGUAUAUCGACGCGCUUUAUUAAUGUUAACAAUAUUACAUAGUCAUGACGUGCGUCGUAAGAGUGCGUGAAAAACACUUAAACAUUCUAGAAAUCGGAAUUCGACGGGUUUACGCAUAAUUUAACCAUAAAAAUGGGCGAGCACGCGUAAAAAAAUCACCCUGUAUACCAGGGUAUUCCAAAUUGUAUGAAAUGUUAUAGUUUUGAGAGUAAUGGGGAGGGGAGAGGGUAUAAGUAUAUUCUGCAAUAUACUUUCUAUCUUACACUCAAACCUCAAUUCCUUAGACCCUGAUGUUCGUAAGGCUUGAUUUCUGUGACAGAAAAAAGUUUUUUUUUUUUAUGAGUAUAUUAAUAUUAUUAUUAUUUAUAACUGUAUAUUAUGCACACGAGUUGAAACUCAUAUACAUAUCGUUACGACGGUAUCCUUGUGCAUAAUGAUAACUUUUAUUUAUUAACAAACACAUUUAUAUACCUAAUGAGUAGGUGUAUAAAAUUGAAUUACUAAAAACAUAAAGCGCACACAUAUUGUAAUUAUGCAUUUUGAUUUUAUCAUUUUUAUCACGCGGGACUACAACAGGUCCUUGAGACACAAUGAGAAAUAUUUAACAAUAAUGAGGAUUUUAUUUUUUUUUUUUUAACAACCGAACCGAUAUUUUUACUCUAUAAAAAACUAAACGUAUACUACAGGGUGUAUCUGCAGGAUUUGACAAUCUCUGGUAUUGUGAUUGCGUGUUAGGCGAUUGUAAAAUGUUAUUCUGGUAAACGCUGUACGUAGGUUCUUGCGAAAAACGCAUGUAUACAUUGUCCGCAUUAUGUACAUAUAUUUACGUCUACUUAAUGUGCACGAUACUUGACGUUUUAAUUAAAAAUAUUAUUAUAUUCUCACACGUAACUCGUAUAGGUGUUGGUAUGUUGUGAGUUCCGUCAAUUAUCUUUACUGACCCUCACUUGAUCAUAUGAAAAAAUCAGUAAUAAAUUGUUGUUAAUUAUUAUAUUUCAAACUCGCUAUUCUAUCGUUUUACGUACAGUUUCACGCGCACCCGACCACCCACGACCCAUCAAUAAAUUUCGGCCUAUGCAUGGGCCUCAAACAGUUCCCGCCACACUAUUGAUAUAGACAGUCGAAUAUAGUAUGGCCGGGGCGAUGCUCUUAUUAUCAUGCCUAUAUUUUCCCUGCGGCUCUCAUCAUAAAGAAUAAAUUGACCGAGUGCCCAAACAAUAUUCUAGAUUCUGAGCAGAGCGAGGAAAGUAUUGGUUUUACAAUGAUGGUUAUUAUUGUUAUUUUCCUAUUUAUCUGUGAACAAUUUUUCUUCCGGCACGUUUUCUGAAAGGAAAUCUGACUGGAGUGGUACUUUAUGGAGACCGUUUUUUGAUUUUUCCCACUGUUUCCGUGAUAAAUGGAAAAAACCGGAAAAAAACGUAGAUAAAAUAUUAAACCAAUAUUAUAUUAAAAAAAAAAUAUGUAAUGCAUAUCAUGCAGUUAUUUUACCAUAAUAUAUAUAUAUAUAUUUUUGAAAAAGCGACACUAUUAACCGAAUUCCGCUCAAAAUCGUUUUUCGUUAGCAAUGAUUAACUUCUUCUCACCUGAAACAAUGGCCCAUCCACGUGCGAAGUAUACCCUUCUUUUUAAAGCUCAAUUUUUCACAUCACCCGUAGGCACGUUUAACAUACUUGCCCCCCCCCCUCAAAAAAAAAAAUAGUUGAAUUUGAAAUAUCAUCCUAAUUUUAUAUACUAUCGUAUAAUGAAAUAUCGAGACUUUUAUGCGAUAUUAUUAACGAGUAUAUUAUGUAUUUGUCACGCAGAGAGCUAAAAUUUUGUACAGGGUAAAAAUUACGACCUCAUCGUUUACCGUCUCAUAAAUGCAUGUACUUAAAAUGACGACAGUAUUUUCGCGACCUCGCGCGGCAUUUUCGUUAAAAAAACCGUCCUCUUCCGUCCGUUUUUUUUUUUUUUUUCUAAGGCGUACGCAAAUUUACCCAAUUCUGUCAUCGUCAUCGUUAGUAUUAGAUAAAUAAUAUUAUAUACUAUACGGUCAAUUAUCCGCACGUUGACGUUUCUAAAAUCCGUUUCCAUCGUCGUCAUUAGGUAUCGUAUCUAUAAAUAAAUAUAAUGUACAGUCAAUUAUUCGCAUUGACGUUUCUAAAAUACAAUACAAUAAUAUAAUCAUCUUAUAUUGUUUUACAACAAUCACGAAACGGUAAUCUGUUUUUAUUGUGUAGUUUAUUCCUCCGUCGCAAUAUAAUUAGUUACCUGUUUUAAUUUGGAUCGAAGACGAUCUUCGACCUUCAGCGCCGGUAUAAUUUAAUAAUUAUAAUAAUACACUUUGGAAUACACCGGAAUCGGGUAUAUAGGUAAAUACCGAAGUGCAUAGUAUGUAGUUAAUCAUUUUUUUUUUUUUUUUGUGUUUAAGCAAAUAUAUUAUGUAAUAUUUCACAUAGAUUCUCAUAUUUUCGCUGAUAUAUUGUAAUAAACUAGAUUGCUGACUGUCAUAUCGCACCAUAAUUGCUUUUGGUUGAAUCCUCACGGUAGCCAUUUAAUUCGAUGCCUUUUAUGGCUUUAUCGUUUUACUUUUAUGUCGUGACAACUGUUGUACCCGUCUAUUUGUGUGUUCCUCGUUAGAAUUUUAAUCCAUCAGAUUAGCGAUUUCGAUGUUUCUUAUCAAAUUCGAUUAAUCUGAUUACUAAUCAGCAAAGUUGACGAUGAAAAUGUGUUAUCAUAAUUCUGUGGUGUUAUAAUGUGUUAUCACCAUUUAGCCAUACCGUUUUUUUCCAGUUUUAAUCGCGUUAUCAAUCCGCGUGUUUGUUAAUUUAAUUAUUUGCUUGUUUGUUAAGUUCCGUUUCAAAAAUAUAUUUUGUCAGGUCAACUGUUAACAUCUAUUAUCAAUUCAUUAUUUUAAUAUUCUAAAAUCAUGUGAUAGGGCAUUUCGCGAUUAAAAAAAAAAAAAACAGUGUUCCUCGAUUAUCAGAUGUCCCAUUAGAUUGAACAUCAAAUGAGUAAAAUGUUUGGAUGAGGAACACGUGGAUUGUCAAUAAUAUUACGCAGAUAUGUGUAUUAUAGGUAACAGUUAUCACAAUGUAAAAGUGGACGGUAAGGCUCCUGAAUUUUAUUCCACGAUGGAUUGAAAGUACACGUCCUAAUCCAUCAGUUACUUCAUUAGCAAUCUAGUUUAUUUAUAAUUUAUAGUUUUUCGUCGGUUUUCGUAUAUCAACUAUAGUUUUGUAAUAGAUUUAUAAUUUUUUUCAAACACCUAUAAUAUGCUGAAACUAGGUACUAUAUUGCGUUAUUAUGGUAAAUCUUGGUAUUCUCGGAUAAUUAUGUAACCCGUAGAUUAUAUUUUCGUUAAAAUUGAAUAUAAUACCUAUAGGUGUCUAAUUAUUACGCAUAUGAUGGAAUACUAUAUAAUAUUACAUACUUACGGAGGAACGAGUGUUUCGUAAUUAUCGUUUUUUUUUUUUUUAGCAACACUUGUCUAUAUAUUCAUAAGUUAAUUAUUGCGAAAAUUCAAGUACAGAGGUUACUAUAGUAAAUAUAUUUGUCCGGAUUAUAAAAUUGUAUACAUAAUUCAAAGGUAGGAGCGCAAACAGUGCAUUUCAUGUUAUUUAUUUAUUGCUCUGUAACGUUAUCGCAUAUAAUGGCUCUUUACUUAAAAAUAUUUAUUUUAUUUUUUUAACGCACUUAAAAUAAAUCAAAAAUAGUAAAACAAUAUCCUAUCAUAAAACCGAUUCGAUCCAAUCACAUCAUCAUAACUGACAUUAUAUAAUAAUAUACAUAUUUCGAUGUACAACAUUUGGAGAAUGAACUAUAUACAUUUUACCAAAUAUGUCAUGUACGUAGAUAUUAUAAUAUCUAUUGUAUACAAUCCAUAUUCGUUAAUAAAUCGAAAUAGUAUAAACUCCCAGAAUUCUUCGUCAAAAUAAAAAUAUUUUAAAUUAUGUUAAAAAAAACAAAAAAUUUAUACUGCUGACGGGUAAGCCACUGUUGGGAAGGUAGGAUAUACAGUAUAAUUUAGUUUAUCUACUGUAUAUAACAAUAAAUGAUUACAAAUAAAAAAAUUAUUCUGAGCAAUGUAGUAUUUUGUCGUGUUUUUCCCUUGUUGUCAAGGGUAAGGGAAUCCAGAAAUCAUCAACAAAAAAAAAAAAAGAACUUGGAAGUUGAAUUCCUGUAGAGUUUGCUAAAUGUUUAAAAAUAUAUAAAGUGCCACCCGGCAGAAAUUUGAGUGAAAAAAUUAGAGUAUUAGUUUAAAAUGAAAAUUUUGAAAAAAGUAUUGGGAGUUUCGAAAUACGUUUUAAAUAAAUUAUCCUACUAAUGUGUGACAUGGAAACAUAUUAAAACAUAUUUUUUACUAAUAGGUACUGUAAAAGUGUUCCGUGAAAAAUAAAUAUUAUUUGUAAUAUUAUAUAAUAGCUCCUUCGCUAUACUCGAAAUCUAAAAAACAAAAAUUUCGCGUAUAAUUUCAUAGUUGGCGUGGAAAAAAAAAAUAAAAGCUAUAACAACAUCCAAACUCUAUAUUUACUAGCCCGUUUAGGAUUCUAAAUUCAAGAAAAUGGCCACGCGGAACCCUAGAGAAAAGAAAAGAUAUUUUCCUGUUCAAACGUGGUUUUAAGGUUAUGAAUUUAUGAUACAUAAAUAUUUUUCAGUUACAUUAUAAGUCGACUAUUUAGUUUUACCUGUUUUACUCAGCAAAAUUUAGUUUUUCAUCGCGUGCGUUCUUCGCAUAGAGUACUCGUAUUAUUUUGCAUGUUUGGUAGUUCGCGGCACUACUGUUUUGACGAGGCAAGGAUAAAACGUCCACUCGACCGUGAUGUACACUGCUAAAUCGCUUUUACGCAUUUUGACUUGUUUACAUUGAGUCAGUGAUUGUCAACUGCGGUUGUUUCUCUAAAUAAAAGUGAUAAAUAUCAGUAUUUGUAAAAAAAAAAAAACAAUAUAGAGGUAUUAUGCUCUCAUAAAAAUGCUUUUUUUUAUUUUCCGUAAUUUAAACGAUAUUUUGUCUUUGUAUCUAUCUAUUUUUACUCUUCCGCAACACUUUUUGAUCGACGCAUAACUAUAUAUUACCUAUCGUGAUCCGGUUUAUAUUAUCUGUUAGCCUCUAGUAUAAAAACAGAGUGAUCAACUCGGAUCGCGGUCUGAUUGGCUCUUAGUCACAUACCGGCUCCACAAACAAUGUAUAACUUAAUAUGAUUACGAUCAUAUUACUACUGUACUGUUUUACGGUAGUAAUGCGUCCAAAUAUGUGUGCUGCAAAUAUAUCGAAAUAAGAGAGCUUAUUCUUAUACUCGUGUAUAUUAUAAUUUUUUUUUCAGAUUAUAUUAAAGCAAAUCUUGAUAUUACAUAAUACCUUGUCACGUAGCCAGGGGGGUUCAUGAAGUCUGGACCCCUCCCCCUCGAAAUUUAAGCUUUUCACCGAAAAAUCAGACGGUGCUUUGAUUUUCUAACCCCUACGUUUUAUUUUUUUUCCCCAGACAGUUAUUAUUGGUAGUUGAUUAGUGAUUACAAAUUGUACGUUUGUAUUCCCCCUACUAAAACAAUGUGUCCUAAAACCUACGUGUCUGUUCUUGUGGGCUACGGUUCUCGAUUCAUAGUAGUACAGUACCGAUAGACUUUCGCAGGCUAAACCAUACAGAGUGUCUCUUUUUUUUUUCUUUCAUAUGGCAUCUUUGGUGAUAACAUACACAAACAACUAAAUAUACAAAACAUUCAACAGAGUGUCCGUUGAAGAAAAUAAAUAACUUACCGGUCUUCACGCAGAAACUUAGCUGGCUUAAUAUUUUAAUCGAAUUCACGAUUAUAGUUAUGACUAUAUGAUGAUGACAUAAUAAUUAAAAAUUGAUAUUAUUUUAACCUAACCGUGGACCAUGAAAGCCUGAUAAGAACCGGUGACCACUCUCUUCUUAUAUAGGCUCUUUAGGUUAGACACCUACGCCGAUUGAAUCGCUAUUAUAUAAUAUUAUAAUCGCAUUCUAUUGUUUUACAUAAUUUACAUAGUGCAGUUUUAAUAAGUGAUAAAAUUCGUCGAGAAAUAUAAUUCGUUACAAAUCGUAGCUUAAAUGCAAUUGUUCGUAUUUAAGUCUAUGUAGUUUUACUGCAAAAUGAUCAGUAAAACAUUUUAGAAAACAACCGGUUUUUACAUAAUUUGUGUUAUUUUCGUGCGAUAUACUUACCUGGGUACAAUUUAACCAGGUGCUUAAUAAAACAAACUUUUAUAAAACAUAAAACAAUUUUGGAAGCACUCGUUUUAUUAAUGACGAAUUGUUUUAUCAAAUUUUGCGAUACGCUCUGUUGCAGUUUAAGUGACGGCUUAUAAUUUAUGAAUAAUUAUGAUAAGAAUUAUGUUGUGUUUUAAGAGGUAUUGUAGCCCCACCGACAACAAUAAUAAUCACGGUCAUAUUUUAUUAUGAUUAGCAGCUAACAAUGUGUCAUAUAGUUUAUCUGCACAAAUGUCGAAUUUCUCUGGAUAUUUAACACCGCUAAAUAAUUUUAAAUAAAUAAAUCAAAUGAACGUACGAGAAAAAUGAACAAAAUCGGAAAUAAUGAGAUCGUUAUUGUCGUACGUUUUACCGCGCAAUUACUAAGAAAAUUACGAGGAUAAUAAAAAACUACUUCCCAAUACGCCAAUAAGAUAAAAUUUUCUUUUAGAAGAAAUACACUUGAAAAUCGGAAUAAGAUUUUCCGUACGAAAAAAUUUUUACCGAUAGAAAAAUAGGAACACUCGUGCAUUAUAUGAGCUUUGUUUGUUUUAAAAACUUGGUGUUAACACUAUAAUCUUCAAGUAUUUGAUGUAGUGUGUGGUGUGCCAAUUCAAAACAAACGUUUCAGGGGUGGGAAAGUCAGCUGAUUGAUAAAGAUUGUAAAUAAAUUAAAUCGUCUUUAUCUAAACCAACACUACCGUCAUUGUUAUGGCAUACUAUACUGUUAAACACUUUCAUUUUUAUUGUAAUGUUUAAAUAGAAAAUGUUAGUUAAUUGGUUUUUUUUUUAUGGUAGUAUGCAAAUGUUCGCAAAUCGCAUAAUGUAACUAGUAAUUUAAUCUCGCCAUGUCAGCUGUCGAUAUCCGUAUAGUGAUAAGAAAAUAUAUGAUGAUAACCUGGUUCUACACCGAAAAUCCGAUUCCACACCUACUCAUCAUUUAUUAGUACGAAUAGUGUACACGCCAAACCAACACUUUUUUAAAACAAAACCGUUUACCGCGACACUUUUUCAAAACAAACGCUUUAAUAUACACUAUUGGUUAAAACGAACAAAGCUAUUAUAUAGUGAAAUUAAUACGUACCUCGAGGUGUAGUUAUGUUUUAUCGAAAUUAGUAGUAAAUCAUAAACAAUAUUCGUCGUAGUUUUUACGUGCUUGGGCUCGUAAGGCGUUUUUUCUUCUUCUAAAGUAUAUUACCUACUCGGUUAAUUCGAAAAAUUAACGAGGUAAACGUUCUCGACAGCUCUCGAAUUGGGAAAUUGAAAGAAAAGGAACUCGAAAUAGAAAUUUAAAAAACAGCGUUCCGACUGAACAUUUAUUUAACAAUAACUCCUCCAAACCUCCUUAAUAUUACUACCAUCAUAUUUUAUAUUCAGUAAUUUCUAACACUAAACAUUUAUUAUUAUUACUUUUAACUAAGUGUUAAUAUUUUUACACUUUUCGUAAUUUCAAACUCUCAAUUUUUUCCUAGUUUUAUUAAAGUGGUUUGACUCGAUGCUGAUUUGUCCGUCUUAUACAGUUGACUAGGUAUAUCGACACAACUAAAUACAAUUUAAUUAUCUAGAUAGUUAUAGGUAAACACUACACGGAUUAACUAGGUAUAUAUAAAGUUAAGAACAAAUAAAAAUAAAAAGUGGAAACACUUAAACAAAAAAUUAACGUUGUUCUGUUUAUACAUUAUAAUAAAAACCGGAUAAAAGAUAGUUACUAUUAAUUAAUACUUGUAGAAUAUUAUUUGUAGGACACUAUUGAUACAAUUAUAUUUUAGUGUGUCAUUUUGUUGAUAAAUAUACAAUUUUAUUACGUAUCAGGAAACCGUCACGUAUCGUAGUUGUGUACCAUUGUUUUUCUGUCGGUAUUUUGUUGAUAACAAAAUUAAAUGUGUUAUCAAACUAUUAACAAUUUGAUUUUAAAUAAUUGUUCUUAUCUGUUUUAUCUUAUCAUGUUCUAUGAUUAUACGAGGUCUACAAUAACAUCAAAUUGAUUGAAUGCAUUAUCUCUAAGAAAUAUAUAAAAUUAACUUCUUCAUAGUUUGGAUUAUUCUGAUAUAGUAAUUAAAUUCGCUACCAGGAAAUCCAGGAAAAAAAUUAAUUGAAAUUAUUAUUUCAUGUAAAUAUAAUUACUAAGUAAUUAGUAUAGUUCUUAGUUACUAUUUUUAUUGUACUUUGUUGGUUUUCAUACUCAUUUUUUCAAUGUAAAAUGCAUAGUUGAAAAAAGAAUACAAGAGAUUUAAAAUUCUGAGUGAAGCGAGGAAUGUAUUGGUUUUACAAUGGUGUUUUUUUUUUUUUUUUCUAUAAACAACUUUUCUACCAGCAAUUUUACUCCGAUUGACACUGGCAAUAAAUAUAAUAAGGGCGCCAAUUUAUACAAGGCCUAAGAGCGUUAAAUUUCUUAAUCCGGCCCUGAUACGUACCUAUAUAUAUUUUAAUCUCUGCUAUGAUAUAAUUAUAAUAUAUAUUAGAUACUAUUUAUUCUAUGCGUUCCUGUUAAAAAAAAUUACAUAUCUAACUGUAUUCUUUUUAUUAGUUUAUGUACAAUUGUAUGUACCUAUAGAACUGCAAUGUUAGAUAUUUUACAGGUAUUAUAAGUCAAACAUUAAGUCAACGUUAAUUUUUAAUUUUUGAAUUUUUUUUAACUAGAUAUUUUUUUAUUAUUUUAUUAUAAUUAUAAUUUAGAUGCUAAUAAAUAACGAAUUAAUUUUGAUUUACAUAACGUUAAAUUUAUUUUAAAUUUUAGUUCUGGCACAAUAUAAUAUAAUAUCGUGUAAUUAAUAAUAAUUUGUCGUUUUUUAUGUUUUUUUCUCGUAUAGGGCUGAAUAACAUAACCUGAGUAUAAACCUUUCUGUGUUUAACAUCGAUCGUCCUUAUUUUUAACUUAACCUAGUUUAUAAAACAAUUAACUCGUUCAUAUUUUUUUCAAAUUAACCUCACUAAGUUAAUAUUAUUUAUUAACUUGCUCAGCCUUGCAGUAUACAAAUGCAGUUAUUCGCUGGGUCCUGUGAUUAUAUUGCACCGUUUGGUCGAAGAAUAAAAGGUGAUAAUUAUUUUAAGGUUAAAUAUGACGUACUAAAAGUUUGUAAGUACAUAUGGUCAACUGGUAUAAUUAUAUUAUUAUAAGCCAAACGGAAUUUAUUUUCGAAAGCGUUUAUGUAUAGUUCAACAAUAUCUCAAGUGGUCGUCAUUUAAAAAAUAUUUAAACAAAUUCCAACAUAAAACAAAAGUGUAUAAAUAGUGUUACACCUGCAGUCGGUGUAAUAUAAUUGUGUGAAAAUUUAUCGGCACAGAGACCAUCAUAAUCUGGAUGAUAUUUUAGCGGUUACGCCGAUAAAAUACAUAAAAGUGCAGAUGGGUGACACGCGAUGAUGGUGACGAUAAGUGGGUUUUUUUUUUUUUUUUAAUUUAAUUUUUUUUAUCGGUAAUACGCUUGUCGUAGGGGAUAACCUUAAAGUAUAUAUUCCUGAAACAGGCGCGCCGACGUGUAUUGCAAAAUCAAUCAGGAACCUUAAUAUUAUAAUCACAAUAAUAUAGAUUAUAAGGUGUCUGACUCUUCUUUUGGUCGUUCGUAUCACAAAAUGUGUUUCACAAUACUUACGCGUUAGUCAAUUUCGGAAAUUCCUGGUUUUGUUUUACCCGCAGCUCGAAUGGGAUAGUUGCAACCUAGUAAUUAUUAUAAUUUCGGUGUAUUAUAAUAUCAUUGGAUAUUAUUUCAAAAUAAGUUUGUUGCUAUGCAUACACCUAUGUCGGAUUUAAAUGCUAAAAACUAUACCUGUCUAUAAAUAUACAUGAGUGUGGAAAGGUAGUUUUUGUAAUUUUUUUUUUUUUUUUUUUUUCUAAGGAUAUUUUGUUUAUUUUGAUUCAUGGUAAACCACUAUCUGAAAUCGACAAUAAUUAUUGAGGUGUGCACACAGUUACACACUGACGUGUACACAUUUAGGCAGUAUUUCGAAUGAGUAUUUUUCUUAAUCGUUUAUAAUAUACUUAGUUUUUUUUUUUUUGUUGUGAUGGUAAUAAUAUGACGGCGGAUGACGGCACGUUCGUGACUUUUUUUUUUCAACCCCGAAAUUAACAUUAUGUACUCGAAUUAAUCAUUGUUAAUAAAUAAAUAAUUACUAAUUAUACAUUUUUAAACUCGAUGUCGCCGAUAAUCAAAUACGAGUUAAAAUCUAAUACAUUUCCACUUCAACUUUCGCCUUUUUUUUUUAUAUCAUAUGUAUUAUGUUUUCAAUUUUAUUGCAUAUUGCAGUUUUUACGAUAUUUUCUAUUUAAUGUUUUAUGAAUUUGUCACAUUUUUAAUGUAGGUACUUAUUGAACGCGUUUUCUAUACUUAUCAACAUUAUUUGUUUGGUGUAUAUAUAUAUAUAAUUAAAAUACUUGUAUAGAAUGGAAAUACGAAAAAAAAAAUAAUACCAUAUGUGAAAUAAUGAUUUCGAAAUAUUUUGUUCAAUUUAAAUUAUACCGGUGAAUUAAAAAUCUACUACCUGUGCGACAUGUAUUACGUAAUUUCUAUUUUUUUUUUUUUUUUUAGUAUACAACAGUGCAAUAAUAUCGGAACUCAGUACAACUGUUUGUCUCAUUUAAUAUUACGAUAAAAAAUUCAGGGUUGUCACUUUGGGGAGGACGUGGAUGUUUAGCUAGUAUGGUAUGCACUCGCACCCACUUGAAAUUUGUAUUCAUAAUUAGCUUAGGUGUUAUUCAAUACUUUAACCGUAAUGGUAGUCAGGGGUUUAAAUAUUGAUUUUUUUUUUUUUCUUAAUCAAUAAUUAGUCUGGUGGAUAAAAUGAAUUGGCCUCAUAAAAUAUGCACCCCUUGUAAGAAAUUGAAAUAACGUCCGCCUAGGAAAAACUAUAUACAGAAGCUAUUUUCAACUCCUCCGUAGCUAUAUAAAAAAUAUACAGUAUACGUAAAUAUUUUAAAUUUUCAUUUACACCAGAGACUGGAACCUUACCGAAAAUUAUACGGCUUUAUAACCGGAAUCCGUUAAAAAUACCGGAUCCGUGGCGGAACCCAAUUAUAAAUAUUUUAAAAACUAAAACCUAAGCCGAAACCUACUUUUAUGUAGGCUUUUUAUACGAAAAUACUUUUAGGUUAAUUAUCCAGCUAAUUUAAUUAACUUCUUAAUGUCUUAACACCUUUUGCGAACAUAUCGUCCAACUCGUUGUUCUUCGAGUACCUAACAUCUAUGGACCAGCCAGCUGAACCAACCACCUGUUUACAAAAAAAAAAAAAUCUCGAGUCUUCAGUUUCGCAGAACUAUACUCAUGCCACCGCUGGUUAGUUCUACCGAAUUGAAAUUCCGCUAAAAACGGAACAGACAUUCCAAAGCCACUGAAACGUUCCAGUUGCUGAUGUAAUGGGAUUUUGUCGGAACCGGGACCGAAAUUUUAAAUUGUCUACGAACCGAACUAAAAAAAAAAACAUUGAGAUCCGCAAUUCCCGUGGACGACUUUAGUGGGCAAUAUUUUAUUUUAACUUAUAACGACAAAGCUGGCAAUUUUGACGGGUUGAACUAAAGGAAAAGAGAAUGGGAUCUGAUGGAGUAGGAUGGUUAAAAUCUCGAUAAAACCAUGUAUCAUGAUUGGAGAACGAAUUUACAUGUAUUUAAAAUCGGUGAAAACGUGCUUAAAUCGUCAAAAAAAGUACUUGAAAGUAUUAAAAAAAGCAAGAGUGGUAAAUGGGUUUUAAAACACCCACUCUAACGGUUCUAACCUAAUUAAAUCAAAUUUCCUAACACCGAUAAAUAAUUAACACAAAGCAUUUUUUUUUUGUGUACACACGUACGACGUACGAAUGUAUUUGAAGAAAAUCGCUGUGUAAUAAUCGUUUUUUUAGCGUUAAAAAAAUAUUUCUAAUAUGUUAGAAACAAUUGACGGGGACACUUUUAAACCCCCCCCCCUCCCCUUCCUGUUUAUAUGGCCGUUUUAAAUAUUUUUCAAGCGAUCGUUGUAGGGAUUUCAUGACGUUUGUGUGCGUUUUUCCGCGAAUAUCCGGAGGAUGCGUAGCCGUAUUAUUAUUAAUAUUUUCACAUUAUUAGUGUUGGCGGUCCGAUAGAAACGAUUGUCAUCAUCGGACGCGUGUCGCAACUGUUAUUAUUGUUAUUGUUAUGUUCGCACGGACGCGCGCGCGCAUAAUAUUAUUAUUAUUAUUAUUAUUAUGCUCGUCUACCGACAUGCCAGACUGGCGGUUCGGCCGGAUUGUUGUCAUUGCGAUUUGUCCGUGGCUUAUUUACCGGCACGCGCGACAGGCGCCGCACGAAAAAUUGUUAUCAAAACGUAAAUGGUUUUAUCAUAACGUUGCGUCGGGCUUUGCGCCGCACGCGGUCGUUUUUUCGAGCGGCCCGCGCACUAACGCGAACGACGUGCGAGAGGGAGGUGGGUGGGGGUGGGGAGAGGCCGGGCGUCGGGCAGCGUUGUUGUUCAAGGCGAACAAAGGUUAUUUCCUAGUCCCUACUAUGAUUUUCGUUUAGCGUUGCGUUAUUACCGCUGCGCUCGGCCGCGAUCGUUCGGUCGCCAACCGCGUCGUUUCACGCGCUGCUACGACGACGACGACGACGACGACUCCGUCAAUAAGCCCGCGCGCGUAGCAAACCGCACUGUAGUGAUCGCGACGAGCUCUAGGCAAACGGUCAUCGUUCACGUCCACGCGAUCGGCCUUUUUCGCGCGCGCGCGCGCGUAAUUUCUGAAAACAACAGCGAACGGGGUCUUUCGAUUUCGCUCCCUCCGUCCGACCGAUAUUUUCCGACCGUACAAUAAUAACAGUCGCCCGCGAGACAAUAUAAUGACCGCAAUCGACGAGGCUGUCGUCGUGCCCAUGGACGACCUGAUCGUCGGCGACGAUUGGGAAGGCCGCGACGUUAACAAUGUCGGUGUAAUAAACGACGUCGUGUCUGUUGCCAGGAAAUCCGGUUCGGUCAAAGUGACGAUCACGCCAUGCCAGCCCAAGACCCUGAGCCAUCUGCCCAAAAGGCCGCCGGUGGACAUCGCCUUUUCCGACCUCGUGUACACCGUGACCGAAGGCAACAAAAACAGUGAGUACCCGACAUAAUCGUGUAUAUAGAGUUUAAGAAAAUUACCCCGUCCCUUCUCCCCCUCCUCACAAAAAAAAAAAAAACAGCGGGCCGUAGGCGUCCGCAUAAUAGUCCGCAGCAGGGAUAUUACGCGGCGCCGAUUAUAUUAUAACUGUACGGUAUUCAACGGCCCGAGAUCCGUUCGCGUUUAUCGCGAUCGGCGCUGAAACGACCAAGCGACAAUGAUGCCGUCAAUAUUUUGCGCGAGAGACGCCGAGCAAACAAGUGUCCGAAAUUGUGGGUUUUUUUUUAUAUGUUUUCGCACGCCCCGCCGCGAAAUUACCGUGACCGCGACAUUUUUUUUUUUUCCGUCUUGCUGUGCGCGAAACAAAAUUCCCCUAUCCCCUUUUGGGCGGGAUCGUAAAACGCGCGAGUUAAACGCCGACGGCGAGCUUUUUAUCGGCGAAACACCGCGGGCACAGCGUGAGAAUACGCGACGAGUGUCCAUUAUCGUCGUUGUUAUAUUAUUGCGCGCCGGGCGAUAAGUUAUCGUCCGCGCGCGGAUGCUGGCGAUCCGAAACGACACGGACAUUGUUAUUGCGACCGCGCGGCGUGGUUUCGUAUCGGAGCACGUCCGAAGUCCGCGCGCGUCCCGGCGGUCGGCGCGCGCACGGGUCGGCGGGUGCGAUACGCAAUGAAUAAUAAUCUUAACUAACGAAUAAUAAUUGACCGGCGGGUCGCGAAGGCCGCCGGCCGGCGGACGGGUCCGAAACGGCGCACGGAUUUCCCGUUGUUCUCCGCGUUUAGCCAUUGUAUUUUCGCGUCUAAAUUAACCCCCACACACACACACACACACACAUCCCCCCGCAGGCGUUCGACCCCGCGCACACGUGCCGUCGCGAUUUCUUUUCCGGAUUUCCGUUUCCCUCCCCAGCCCCCCCCCCCAACCGAUUUCCGCACGCACGAUCGGGACGCGUUAUUUUUUCGAAUUUUUUUCUAACCGGCGCGUCCGGGAUUUUUCAACAAGAGCGGACGUAGAAUCUAUUAUUUCGUUGUAUCCGACUUGGCGGACGACGAGCGCUUCCUAAACCGUGUCCGGACAAAAACCGAUUCUCGUUCGAUAAACCGAACUUAUCCACUCGGCGUGUGCAUUAUGAUAACAAGACGGAAUCGUUGCUAAACGUGUGUAUACACUCGUAGUUUUCGCGUGUUCAAGUGUAUCGGGUUGGGGGAGUGGGAGAUAUAACCCUUAAUGCGUUUCCCACCGCCGUGUAGACGAUAGGCGCAUGCACUAUAAUUAUAUUACGACAUGUCGAAAAAAAAAAAAAAAAUAUCGGUUCGAACAUUCAAACUCGAUUGUAAUAGUAAUUAAAAUAUUAUUGUAUACGUAUAUACGGGAAAGGGCAGAAGGUCGCGGCAAAGUUUCUCCCACUCUCUCCUUAACGCUCCGCUGUUCACAACACGCUUGAAAAGUAACGGAAUAGAAACAUUUUCGAACAUAUUACAAUAAUUAAUUUUUUACUCAUUAUUAUAUGUUCUUAACGAUACGGAAUUCGCCUAAUGGUUAACCAUUAAGAAGCUUGGGUUUUCGAACAAAGACGUCCUGUGUUUUUCUCAUAAGUAGCUGCUGUAUAUAAUUAUGAUGGUUGUAGUAAACAUUAUACGCAUCACAACGCGUGGCGGUUGAAAAGUGCAUUGAUAAUAAUUGAUCGUCUUUAUUAUUUUACACGGUGUUAAGACUGUUUCGAAGGUCGCAUUUUAUAUUAAAUUAAAUACGAAUAUUUACGGGUAAUGUUGAAAAAAAAUCGGAUGUCUAAUUUUCGGUCUGCAGAGCCCAUUUUGCGCUGUCCGUUUUAAUAUUAUUGAGCGAAUCGGGUUGUAUCAUCAAAACUAAACGGGCAUAUGAACACUUUCUGCGUUUUUCUCUCGAUUUUUAAAUUUUUAAGCGAGACGCGAGUAUGUAUACAAUUUUACGAUGGUUUUAAAAUCAUCGUAAUUCGCUUCGUAAUUGAAAUAUCGCAAAAACAAACACGGACAAUUUUCGUUACUUAAGUUCGUUACAAGGCCGAGUCAUUUUAAUAUUGCAAGUGGCAGCACGAAAUCGUCGGUUAUACUGAACGAAAAGUUGAUAUUAUCCUGUAAUUAUAUUUAGGCAUAGGGUCACUGGUGGUCAAACGAUUCACGUUAUGGUGAUUGGGGAGGGGGGCAGAUUAUGAAGCUAUUCAACAAUUAUGACUAUUUAAAUUUUUUUUUUUCCAUAAAUAUAUAAUGGUCAGUAGUAUAAUACGUAAGUACUAUUAUAAACGUUGAUAUAAAUGACGGAAGGUCAUGAUGGGAGGAGAGAUAUAUCCACGUUCACACUCCUGUUUGCCGGCCAUUGAGUGGAUAUUAGAUAUUAGAUAUCUAUCGGAAAUAUAUAUGGGUACCAUUCGUUUUUUUUUUUUUAAACCGUUAAAACAAAUUAGGAAAUUUUGGCUAUAUGGCUAUUGCAGUCUUGUAUAGUAAAUCAUAACGUUUUGAAUAUUAUUGAUUGGGAAAGGUACAAUAAUUUAUUAGGAAAGUUUAUUGUAAUCGAGCCGGUGUUAAAAACAUAGAAACCGAAAAUUAUUUUUACAAUAAUUAUGACUGCGUUUACUGAAUUGUAAUAAUGCAGAUAAAGUUUUAAUAAAAACCAAAACGAAAUUCCAAUAAAACUAUACAAGCAUUUCGUUGUUUAUCGGAUGUAAUCGAUCAUAUCCCGUAUUACUCUAAUUUUGUGGAAAAAAAUAAUUUUAAAACUGACCUACGCGUCUAUUCACGUUAUUCUACAAAAUAUGAAUAAUAUUAAAAAUAUUAAAAACCGUUAAUGAUAACGUAACAAAACGCGUGUAUACAAAUCAUAUUAAGCUAUCAUAGCUAUAGUUCUCUAUAAUAUUAUUGGUUCGCACCGAAAUUUCUACUACUUAUUGGGCGAAAUAAGAUUUAAAAAAAAACCUCGUGCUAGAUAUUAAUUAUGAUUAUGAUAUUUAUGUACAACGUUGUUAUCCAUAUAAACCUAAGUUCAAGUAUGAACGUGUAACUUGUGUAAUAAUAUAUUAUAUCGGUUGGAAUUCGAACUUAUGCAGUCCAUUUAAAUAUAUAAUUACGUUGAACGUUAGAUUUGCGAAAUACAUCGUAUUAAAUAGUUUCUGUUCCGCACUAAUCAUAAAAAUAAUAAUUUAUUUACAUUUCUACGUGUUACCUAAUAACUAUGAAAUGUAGUAAUGUUUUUAUUCGUUUCGCGGGUAAUUAUUUUAAGCGGCCAUUUCGUUGGAGCGUAUCUGAGUACCGAGAUGAUUUAUUUUUUAUUUUUUAUCAUCUCGAUUCAGCGAUUUAGGUAGGGUCUGAAAUCGCAUUUAUUUUAAUCGAAAUGCACUUGGAGUAAAAAAAUAAUAAUAAUAAUAAAAUAAGUAACGCCGAAUUGCACUCGGGACAUAGAAAAGUGUUUCAAUAAAAAUUUCCAAAAAAAUAAACUUAAUUUAAAAGUAUUGAAAACACUUAUUUCCCUUCCUGCUUACAAUUUAAUCAUUGGUGUAGUUGAACAUUAUUUUUUUUUUAUGUUUAAAUAAUUUCAAACGAUAACGGUAAUAAUUUGACAAGUUCAAAAAACGCUUUUCAAACCUUUUUUUCUUAUGUGCGGUUUGAAUAUUUAAUUAAGGUAAAAAUACGACCAUUCGGAAUGAUUUUCUCGGAGGAUUUUUUGUUAAUUUGAUUUCUGUCGUACGGAAUUGUUAAAACUUUUUGUUUUUCAACUUAUUUUCACCCCUAUACUAUUCGUAUAUCUUAAAUAAGUGUAUUUUCUUUUGAUUUUCAAAUGAAAAUUCACCCUCACUUCUCUCCCCCUGUUUCCUAGUGAUCUUCCAACUUUAGACCGGAGGAGGAAAAGUAAUACAUUUUUGAUUAUAUUAUAACAAUGGAAAAACGAGUUGUAACAAAAUAAUCACCUUGAAUGUGAAACAGCCUAUAAAGAAGAAUUCUGUGUUUAUGAAAAAUCCCGAAGUAGAAUCCUGCAAAUAUGAAAUACCAUAAUAAUAAUAUACUUCUAUCAUUUUUACAGACUUUUCAUUGCACUUGUGUUAUACGUAUUCUUGAUCACUUUCGCGAUUUAUUUGAUACUCAUGACCGAAACUCGUUAGUGGUGUAUUUCAAUAACAAACACGUCAUUCGUUCGUUACUUGUUUUGUAUGAAAACAAAUUUUCUUAUUACAAUGUUGUGUAGUCGUCUGGAAAAAAAAAAUAUCAAUAUAAUUACAUCGAAUCGCAGUAAACAAUUAUUAUGUAUUGAAUAACAAAUAUUUGUUUUAAAACAUUCUAGUUUUUGUAUUGUUUCGAUUGAUAAUAUAUCAAAUUUUUAUAAAAUUAUAUUGUAAUUAUGAUUAUACAGAGUGUAUUUGUAGGAUUUUACAAUUUCCUAUGCAAUUAAAUAAGGAGAAAAUUGUCAAACCCUGCAGUUAUAAUAUAACAUUAUUUUACCACGUCUAGGUAAAUCCAAUAUAAGUAUUAUUACCAAGUUUAAGUCUUUACGUGUAUUUAUAACCAAAUUACAGCAAAAAAAUUUAAAUUCCUCAAAAGCUAAAAAUUGUUGACGAUGAUACCGUAAGAAAGUAAAUCAAAAAGGCAACAAAAAAGCUGUCGUAAUCGUAGUAUCUUCAACCCGUUAUAUCUGAUAUAGCUAACCCAACGAUGACAAUUAAAAUACCGCAUUCAAAAAAUUUAAUUUUUAUUCAAUAAAUCGAGCGUUUUUAAAUUUUGAGCGAAGCGAGGAAUGUAUUGGUUUUAUAACGAUGUUUAUUAUUAUUAUUUUUUUUUUUAAAAUAUUUUAUACCUGUAAACAAUUUUUCUUUAUGAGAGAAAAUUUUAUCUGGGUUGAUACUUUAGUGAAGUAUUUUUUUGAUUUUCCAAGCGGUUUUCAUAAAAAUUGUGAAAAACUGGGAAAAACGUAGAAAAACAAGAUAAUUUACGAAAUUUAUUAUUUUAAAUUUUGAUUUUUGUUUUGAUUCAAUUAUAAAUAUUUGUGGAGACUUGGAAUUUGAAUAAAAAACUUUUAUUUGCCUUUUCUAGACGUGGUAAAAUUUUCGAAAUAUUUUAGCCAUUUUUGAGCUAUUUAUAGAUAAUUUAAUUUUAUGAGUUUUUUACGUAAUUUUUAUUCAAUGGAUUCUCUGUAGAUAAAAUAGAAAUGCCUGAAAAUUUAACAGUGGGUUCAUUAUGAGUCAUAUUUUGUUGUCAACAAAUAAUAAUUAAGUGUAAUGUAGAAUUUUUUUAUAAGAAUUUUAUUAUGAAAUUUUGACAAAAAUCGUAAACAUUACGGCCUUCCAAAACGUGUAUAACCGAACUCCGUUCAGAAUCGUUGUUCGUGAUGAGCAAUGAUUAAUCGUUGCGUACAGAUAUACAUUAAAUUCCCCUCUAUAUCUAACCUGCUCACCCAUCAUGCGAAGUAUGUCCGUCUUUUUCCUCUUAACUUUGAUAUAAUUUUCGAGACAAAAUCACUAAAUAAAUACCCAUAGUUGUUACACUUUUAAAUCAAUGGGCGUGGGAGAUAUAUCCCCGAGGGAGACACCGCUGCCAAUUAUUUUUCAUUUUUUGGGAAGGGGGUGGGUUUUAUGGUCACUUCAAUUCCUCUUAUACUAUUUUGUUAUCGUGAUAAAAUUCGACAUUAGAAAAUGAACAGUCGUGUUGUGAUGUGUCUUUUGGCGACCCGUGAAAGUGCCGCGACGAACGAUUAAUGGAAAGGUUUAAAAAACAACGUUGUACAGCUGCUCGCCUAUUAUAUCUUUUCGAAAACGAACGAUUGUUUUAUCUACCUAUAAAAAUAUUAUAAUAAAUAUAGCGUCCUGACGAUAAUUUUUUUUUUUUAUUUUGUUUUCAAGCCGCUUAUGAAAACAACACUAUGAUAAUAAACGUACAUCGUGCACGCGCCGGGAGUUCUCAGUGAAAUUGUUAUUAUAUUUUUUUUUUGUUUUUCUGUUUUUACGUGCUCAUUAACCGUUUUUUUUUUUUUAAUAUAUAAUUUGACGUAUGUAGUGCGUAGGUACCUGGUAUUGUGUUGACGGUCAGUGAAUAAUAAAAAAAAAAAACAAAAAACACGACCGAAGGAAUCGGUAUAAAACUUGGUGAGGGUUUCGACGGUGCCAGCAAGGUCAUGGAUCGCGCGCACAACGUCCUCGCGCAGACCGGUUGUGCUCGUAACAGCUCGUACGAAUAAAAACUCGUCGUGAAAUUUUUAAUACAAAGAGGAGGAGAACUCAAUAUUUUAUAUAUGUACUUAAUUUUAUCCCAUUAAAACGUAAUUUAUGCACCAUUAUACUCGUGUAUUUUUGUAGCCGCAUGAACAACUAUAAAUAAAUACAAACGUGCAUUUUUAUCCACUAAAAUAUUUAUAUAUUAAUCUUAUUUUUUUUCCCCACCAUCGACCGUAAAAUAUCUAUUCGGAAAUGUAUACGAAAUUAUUAAUUUUCGUAGUAGGCAAUUACUAAUAAUUAUAAUAAAAAUAUUAGAACGUAUACGUAAAUGGUGUUAAUGUAUUUUUUUUUUUUUUUUCGUGUAACGCCCGCAAGACGUUUGUCGUUAUUUUAUUCGCGCGACACGUCAUCGUUCCUUACAUUUAUUUUAUAUGCGUAAACGGGCUAAUGCCUAGUUAAAAAUGGAUGCAUUAUUUAACAUAAUAUUAUAUAUAGUAAAAAAUAUAAAACUUUAAACAUGAAUGAGCUAAAGACAUCAAAUAUUAAGGAUAGAUGGGUCCUCAUUUGGUAGUUUCAUUAACCGAUUGCUCGGUUCGUUAGACGUGCACAAAUUUAUUGUGCAUAGAGGAACGUGGAAAGGAAUUUUAUGACGAGUAAGUCGUGUAGAAACUUUAAAAUUGACAAGUGAAAGAAGAGAGGGAGAAUUAAUGGCAAAAGAGUGACGACGGUCAGUUAAAAUAGAUAAUUCGAGUUUGGUUAGAACAGAACAAUAGUCGUGAAGUGAACAGAGUAUAUUUAAAGUAUAGCUGGCAUAGCUUCUUUUAAGUUGCCGAUACAAAUCAACACAGUGGGAUUCCAAAUUAGCGAACUGUACUCAAAAACGGUUUGACGAGGGUGCAGUACUAGAAUUUAAGUGAACCGGUAAACCCCCUAAUGAAUCCGAGUAGUUUAUAUGCUUUGCAAAUAAGGAGAUAGGGAAUGUGUAAAUAUGAAGUCUAGGUCACGUAUAUACUGUCAACUGAUAGGAGUCCAAAUUCGUUGACUACGUCACAUAAUAUGUUAAAAGGACGUUACACAUGCAUUUGUUGCCUCCGUGUGAAUACUGAUCUAUUAGAAUCAAACUUAAAGGAAAGAAAGUUAUUUUUAUUAUAAUUUUCAAGCGAUUUACGGGUGUGUGUGAAAUAUUACAAUGUAAAAACGCUUAUAUCUCGCCGAAAAAUCAAAAUGUUGAAUAAUGUUCUUCCCUUGCAUAGUUUGAUAAUAGGCCAAUUUACUAUAACGUUAACAAUAGCGGCAUAAAAUUUGUUCUACUUGCCGUUUUGCUUGUGCAUCGUCCUCUUAAGGGGUCACAGUGACGUUUGUCGUGUCUGUCCUAUAUCUAACUACGGGCAAUAAACGCGUUCGCGUAAAACAAAAAAAAAAGGCGUUUAAAUUCGAGGUUAUAAGUUAAAAUUGCACCUAUUAUAAACCUCGUAGGCAUUUAAUGUUUCUCUAAAUAUUCUUUUUUUAUUUUAUUUUAAGAAUAGUCACUUUUUAAAUAAUCGACAUUUAAAAAAAACUCUGAUGAAAUAGUCUUCAAAAUGUUUAAUCAUCUAUAAUUCAUAAAUAAUUCAUAAUAGAUGUUUUUCCUCUAAAUUUUUAAAGAUCUUUUAGUUUAUUUUACGUGAACGCAUUUUUGCUUCAUUGUCCGUUAGAAAAACAUAGAAGGGAAAUUCUCCUGUAAUAAAACCUUCUUAAUAAUUUAAAAGGUAACCUAUAUUUCAAAAAUUAAUAUGAACGCGAAGGUACCGCGUCAAUACCCAGGACACACGUAUUAUCAUAAAAUAAUAUUUCGAUUUACGAAAAAAAUGCGUUAUAUUUUCAAUUUAUUUUUUUAUAAAAAUAAAUUAUUAGUUAUUAGAAUUUUUAACCGGUGGGCGGACCACUGGCUGCAGUCACAACGUACACGGCAUUAUUUCUUUGAACUUCGUGCUGUAAAAAAUGCAUGUAACCUGUAGGGAGAGUUGUAUUAUACGUGAAUUUAUCGAGCUGAUUGUAUAAGGUACAGCCCUGCGUGUAUAAAAAAAAAAAUAUCGAUCGGAAUAUUUAUAUAAUUACGUAAUAAUUUUGUGAUCGACUUCAAGGGUGGUCAAAUGGAGGAAAAUGGAUGAGAGGAUAUAUCCCCUAUGACCUUUCCCUCUAAAAAUAAUAUAAAUAAUGAUAAUUGUUAAGAAAUGUUCAAUUAGCCUCAUAUUUUCCUUAUGGCAAAAUCAUUUGACUGAUUUCCCUCCUAUAAUUUUGCGUAUCGAAAGCAAAGUUCUUAAAUUUCAGUAACUGCAGAAUAAAUGUACAUUUACUAGACCUUUUUUCAAUUCCUAUAAGUUAGGUCAAUAAUUACCUACUUACAUGAGUAUACUCAUUUGCGUGACCUUUGUAAAUAUAUAAAUUCUGCUCAGCUAUUCGAUCAAAAGACACAUCCAAAAAUGCGAACUAAUAUCUAUGAAAACCCGCAACUUUGUGAUCUAGUUUCUUUGCCGAGUGACAUUUUCCAUAACGUUAAUUAUAUAGUGAACAUUAUACUCGUGAACAUUUUCUAUUGAUCAAUAACAGAAUCAAUAUAGUAGAUUUUGAUCAAUGACCAAUCGAGAAUGAUCCCGUCUUGUGCUACGAUAACGAUGACCCGGUCUGGGAAUUCAAUUCCUCACAAAACCCCGAAAAUAACUUAAAAAUUCAAAAUAAUGUACCUUUAAUAUGAUCUAAAUAAUCAAAAAAUAAAUUUAAAACGAAAAAUUACAAAAUAACAUUUCCUAUUCUCGUUCGAAUGAAAUAUACAUAGGUAACGCAUUUGGAACAAAACGAGCAUCACACAGCGAGCUUUUGAAAACAACGAAAAGCGCAUUGAAACCCAGCUGCCUUAAUGACGACAAAAUAAUAAAUUUUCGAAUUUAUUGUGUUUUUAAAUAAUAUUUUGUGCUUUUUGUUAUAGCUGCCAAAAAUAUUCUAAAAUCCGUGAGCGGACGUUUGAAAUCCGGGGAACUGACCGCCAUCAUGGGACCAUCGGGUGCCGGAAAAUCCACUUUACUCAACAUACUUACUGGAUACAAGUAAAACGAUUCGAUAAUUAUAAUAAUUUAACAUUUAAUCUCGUAUUAUAAAUUGACUCGUAUAAUUAUCGAAUGAUUCUCCAUUAUAAUUUUUUACAUUCAGUCAAUGUUUUGUUUAAAACGUACACUUUGUUAUUCGUAGUGGAUUGAAAACUUCAGAUAAUAGUUAAUUAUUAUUUAAUUUAAAUAUAUAUGUAUAAAAAAAAAAAAACUAGAUGACAAAGCUACACGUCUCAUCAUAAUAUUGUUAUACAUUUCGUUCUCCGCACAGUUUUCUAUAGUUCAGUAAUUUAUUUAAUAUUAUUCAUUCGUUUAUCACCUUUUUUGCGUGUGUUUAGAUAAUGUAGUUUACGUAACGCAACAUAUACACGUGCGACAAUUUAUACAAUACAGCCUAGGCCGUUUUUGUUUUCUCCGUUAUUGUAUAUCUAAUUGCGCGUGUUUUGCAAUUUUUUUUUUUCAGAUGCUCCGGAGUCAAAGGUUCCAUCACCAUAAACGGUCACGAAAGAAAUUUGAGUCAGUUCCGAAAACUAUCGUGUUACAUUAUGCAAGACAAUCAGCUCCACGCCAAUUUGUCUGUAGAAGAAGCCAUGCACGUGGCCACUUCCUUAAAAUUAGGAUCGGACAUAUCGAAAGACAGCAAAUAUCAAGUGGUUAGUCACACAUCCCACUAUAUAGAUGUUAUAUAUCUUUGGCCUCGGGGCUUUAGUGAAUUUUGGAAUUUUUUUUUAGAAUUGUGUUAUGUAAUUUUUUUUCCUCUAUUUGUCGGUUUAAAUCCUAUAAAUAUUUUACGUAUAUUCUAACAAACAUGUUAUACUGAAAAUUAACAUAUCUCGAGUCAAUAUAAUGUACUUUUUGUGUAGAAAAAAAAAAAAACGUGACAUAUAAUUAAAAUAUGACUUAGCCAUUUAGCAAUCAUGGCAUUAUGUCAUUUGAUAAUUUUAAAAAUUUAAUUCGCUUUGUGUACAAAAUUGACUUAACCUUUUUUUUUCCUGGGAUCAAUAAUAUUCGUCUUGCACGCCAUACAUUGUUUCCCGCAAUUGUCGUCGUCGGAAACAGAUAUUAUAAAAACCUUCCUAUAAUAUACCUAAUAAUUAUGUGUCCCGUACGUGCAUAUGUUAUUUAGGUAAAAUUAUUAACGUCGUUUUCUUUUUUAGAUUCAAGAAAUAUUAGAAACAUUAGGACUGCAAGAACACAGAAGGACGAUGACGAGCAAUUUGUCAGGUGGACAGAAAAAACGUUUGUCCAUUGCCCUCGAACUCGUCAAUAACCCUCCGAUUAUGUUUUUCGACGAGCCGACCAGGUAGGAUUUAAUUGACAAACGUUAAACGUUUUUUCAUAUAUACUCACAUAUUAUACAUAUUAUGUGUCGCAUAGAUAUAUUUUUUUUAAUUUUAUUAAACGUCAGUGUUACAAUUUUUUGUUUUCGUUUAGCGGCCUAGACAGUAGCUCGUGUUUCCAGUGCAUUUCCCUCUUGAAAUCGCUGAGUCGCGGAGGUCGUACGAUCAUCUGCACGAUCCAUCAACCCAGUGCUCGUCUGUUCGAGAUGUUCGACCACCUGUACACGCUCGCCGAAGGACAGUGCGUCUACCAGGGUUCUACAAAACAACUCGUACCUUUCCUCGGUACCCUUGGACUGGAAUGUCCCAGUUACCACAACCCGGCGUCCUACUGUAAGUGUAUACCUGUGCCUACUUGAAAUUACCGGAGUACUCGAGUAAAUUUCGAACGACCUUUGCUAAUGGAAUUCCUCGUUUUUUUGUUUACCAUAUUACACAGUGAUUGAAGUGUCUUGCGGUGAGUACGGAGAUAAUGUACGCAAAUUGGUGACGGCCAUACAAAACGGCAAACACGAUAUUCAAGUGGGCAAGCCGUUCCCAAAUCUCGAGAAUUUGAACAACGUAAACCAAAAAGACAUUAUAAAAAGUAAAAUAUUUUUAAUAUAAAAGUCGGCUAAUCAACAAUAUCGUUAGAAAAAUGUACACAAUUUUCUAUCGUGGUUUUUAUUUUUCUAUAGGUAGUAAUUUGUCUACAAACUUAAUUGAAAUCGAUAAAUUAUCGAAAUCUGUGGAGUCUGACAGUUUAUUGCAGUACGGGGGAAAUCAAUUUACUAAACCCGGUGAGUACAUUUUUGAGUGCAUAUUUUUUAAUACAAACAUUAAAUAAUAAUAUUUAUUUAGAUUAUAUUCGCAAUAUUUACAGCCUACUAGGUCUAUAGUAUUAAUUCAAAUGAUAUUAGGAUUAUUAUUAAUUAUAGCUGUUAUUAAUAUUUCAGAAGAUAAUUCAAUUAAUAAUUCGGAAUUGAGAUCGAUUAAAACGGAAAAAUAUAAUAACGGGGAUGAAGCAAGUGACGCCUUAUUAAAGAAUGGUUUACCCAGUAGUCAACAGCGUUACGCUACUUCCGAGUUGGCCCAAUUCUGGAUAGUUUUCAAACGGACAUUGUUGUUCAGCAGAAGAGAUUGGGUAUAUUUUUGUUGCAUUUAAAUAAUUUAGCACAAAUAUUAUUGAUUUAUUAAUUUCUUAUUUCAGACUCUCAUGUACUUGCGUUUGUUUGCUCACAUUUUGGUCGGAUUUUUAAUCGGUUCAUUGUACUAUGAUAUUGGUAACGAUGGCGCUAAAGUACUCAGUAAUCUCGGGUUUUUGUUUUUCAACAUGUUGUUCCUUAUGUACACAUCAAUGACCAUCACCAUUUUAUCAUGUAAGUUUAAUUGUAGUAAACACUGUUAAUCACUGUUAAUAUUUAAUUUAUUAAUAAUGCAUUUGUAUAAUAAUAGUUCCUCUAGAGUUGCCAGUUUUGAUCAAAGAAAAUUUCAACAGAUGGUAUUCCCUUAGAUCUUAUUAUUUAGCAAUUACACUAUCAGACAUUCCAUUUCAGGUAAUUUGCAUUAUAACAUACUAUACUUAUUAUAACUUAUUUUGUUUAAUAUAUUUCCAAGUGAAAGAAGAAAAAAUGUGUUGCCUAAAAUAAUUUGUUUUUUUUUUAGGCAAUAUUCUGUAUCAUGUAUGUGGGCAUUGUGUACUAUAUGACUUCUCAACCACCUGAAAUGUUCAGAUUCGGUAUGUUCUUAUCAGCUUGUCUUCUCAUAUCAUUUGUCGCGCAAAGUGUUGGACUUGUAGUGGGUGCCGCAAUGAACGUACAGGUAUGUAAAUUACUAUCAAAACUGACUUGCGUUGUAAUUAAUUAUUGUAAUGUAUUAUUAAUUUUUUUUUUUUAGAACGGAGUAUUCUUAGCACCUGUUAUGUCUGUACCAUUUUUACUUUUCUCCGGUUUCUUUGUUAGCUUUGACGCUAUACCCAUCUACUUGCGGUGGAUUACAUAUUUAAGUUAUAUUCGUUAUGGUUUUGAAGGUACAGCAUUGGCUACGUAUGGAUACGAUCGAGCAAUCCUCAAAUGUCACCAGGUAUAUUAUUAUUUAUAUUAGAUUAUGAUCAAAAUGUCAUAAUAUAACGUAUCCAUGGUUAUAAUUGUUUUAAAUUUAAAUUUAUAGGUUUAUUGUCAUUUUAAGAAACCACUCACAACUUUAAGAGAAUUAGACAUGACAGACGCAAGCUUCCAGUUGGAUAUUGUCGCCUUGAUUAUAAUUUUCUUUGUAUUACGUAUAUCUGCAUUUGUAUUUUUGCGAUGGAAGCUCAAGUCUUCACGUUAAUUUUAAUUGAACUGCCGAGACGCUCUCUUAUAUUAUUAUCAACUAUGAAUUAGUUAAUACAUCUGAUUUAUUUUUUAACUUAUAUGGUUAUGAUUAUGUAUAAUAUAAUAAACAUUAUAUUAAAAUUGUCUUUUUAUUAUAAUUUUUAUAUUAUUAUCCGGUUAUGGUGUAUAAAAAAUAUUUUAUAAUUCAAUUUGUUAGGAUUUUCUAUUGUAGUUGUACAAUUAUAUUGUAAUUUUGUGAUAUUAACAUUUUCAACAGAAUAAUGUAUUUUAGUGAAAAAUAAAAAUAAAAUAGAAAACUAUUAGGUAUAAAACAAAUUUAAUGAGUGGUUCUAUGAUGUUAUUCUGUUUUAACUGCAGUGUGAGAAUAAAAUGAUUAUCAAUAUUUAUUUUAUUUCAUUUUUUUUUUUUUUUUAUUAUGUAUUUGUUCAAUCUUUAGAACUAUGACCACUUUUCAUUGCGAUAUUUAAGAACUUAUUAUUAUUUUUUGUAAUUUUUUUUUUUAUAUAUAUAUACAUAUAUAUAUAAUAAAUAUUGUUAAAUCUAUUGUAUUGAAAUAUAUUUUGAUCUGAUACAUUAUAAUAUUUUUUAUGCCAUCAUAUUUCAAUAAUAUCAUUUUGAAUUUAUAAAAUAUGUUUUUAAAUAUACAACAAAAGAAAUAAUAACUUGUUUCAUACUCAAAAUAGUAUGUAUAUCAUGUAUAUCAUAUUUUAACAAUUUUAUGAUUCCAAUGAUCAUAAGUGUAUUUUUUUUAUUAAACAUUUUAUAGUUUUCAUACUUAUAUACUAAAUCUUAAUAUAUUGUACCUGAAGUUAAAUAUUUUUUUUUUUUUUAUAGACUUAUUAUUAUGUUUUUUUUAAACAUUUAUGAAUAUUUAUCAUUUAAAUCAAAAUAUUAAUAAAUGCAUACUUUAUUUAUACAGUUAGACAUUUUGUAAAUAUUUUUAAAUAACCACAUACAAAAUAUUAUAGAACAUGAACCAUAAUAUUAUAAUUAAUCGG